AUGGACGUUUUGAGAAAGUGUUACGAGGUUACGUGUUCCCUUCGGGAAUAUGUUGAACUUCAUCUGCAAGAAUUCAGCGCUAGUGAAGCUUUGGAAAGCUUUAUGAAUUCAAGCAUGGUGGCUUGUAAUGCCGACACGAACAUGCGCCUCGAUGGAGCUUUCACAACCAACAAAGCAAGCACGAUGGACGAGCUACUGGAGUUCGUUAUAACUCGAGCCGCCGCCAAAGGCAAAAUGCGAGACAACGUGUUGUCUUUGGGAUAUAGACGAAGCCAAAUUCGACCGGCAGUGAUGGGAUCGCAAACAAGUGGCUAUGAAAACAACAUGGUCGCUCAUGUUCAGUCGCCUGUCUUUGAGGAGCUACAUGGAAUGAUCGGGAGCGAUUUAAUGGUCCAUUUAUUAAAGGACCUUAGCUUGUUUGUUAAGACAGGCUCGUGUUAUUUACAAGUAGCGGGAUGUCCCGUAAAUGAAGUUGGUUUGAAGCAGGAUACGGCGACGAAAGCGGAUGGCCAAAACGGUUAGUUCAAAUGUUCAAUAAUUCAAUUAGAUUUUAUGAAGCUCGCGGCAAACGACUCAAUUUACAAUUCUGGGGCGGAUUGUUCACAAGUCGACUAGCUUUUAAUAACCCCAGGUUAACCAAAGCAAACUACUUUAUUAUAAAUUUGUUUGAUUUAAUUAUUAUAAUUCGCAAUUUGUUUACACUUUAUAAAUUUGGAAAUAUUUCUUCAGAAAUCUUGUCUACCUCAGCAGGAGUUGUACCCUCUGGAGUUUUGAAAUAAACAGACGUGCAGAAAUACAAACUACUAAAACUUUACAAAAUUUUGUUUUCUUUGCUAGUAAUUUGGCUUUGAACAACCGGUCCUUGAACAACCGGCCCUUGAAUAACCGGCCCUUGAAUAACCGACCCUUUGUUCUUCUGGGGCCGGUUGUUCAAAAGACGGCUAGCCUAACUCUGGGUAAACACAAAAUUUUCCAACAGCUCAUCAAUCAAGUUGAAUAUGUUUUUCCAGAAAUCUUCCCUGGUUCAACAGAGGUUUUAUUUUCUAAAGUUUUGAAACGAAUGAUCAUGCAGAAGUACAUAAACAAAAACAGCAGGUUAAAAUUUAACCCAGGGUUAGCGCUAAUCAGACUUUGAACAACCGGCACCUGGGGCUGGGUUAAAAUUAAAACAGCCGGUUAAAUUUUGAUUGACUGUUAGAGCUAAUCCAGCCUUGAAUAAUUGGCCCUGGCGAUUUAGUUUCCUGUGGAACAACCACUGAACCUCCUUAUAACUAAUUACUGUAUGGCUUGAUGCACCCCACUCUAUUAAUUUACUCUGUCUUAUUAAAUGUCUGACUAUUUUACUCUGUCUAGCACCAGAGCAUUUUACUCGUCAAGGAGAUAGCGCUGGCACUUAAUAGGUUAAUAUAUUUCACAGUCUAUAUAUUAGUUCUAAUGCACCAGUCAUUUGCUUCGUUAGGGGCUGUGUAUAUUGAAACGAGCCCAGUAAACUGGUUUAUAUGGAAAAAAAAUUAUCCUCCUUGGGGCUAAUUUUGCUGCGUUGACAGUUAAAAAAAAUAGCUUGCAACUGACUGACGGCAGCUUUAAUCUUGGCAAGUGAGUGUUUCAUCCUUGCAACCAAGAUGUCAAACCCAGCUUGUCUGUAUAAACACAAAGUAAUUUCUGUCACAAAAAUAACUACACAAGAAGAUCUUGCUCACCACUGUUACAAAAAGUGGCUGGUGGCCUAACAGUUUUUAUUAUUAGCAUGACAAAAUUACUGGAUGCUGAUUGGUUUAGAGGAGUACAAUUAUUUCAUUAAUUGUACUGCAGUACAAUUAGUGAUUUGCCCAAAACAAACAAAAUGGCAGAAAGGUAUUUUGAACACAAAUGUGAAAUGAAAUUGCCCUUGAGGAACUAGAUGAAAAUACGAACAAACGCGCCAAAUUUUGCUUGAACAAAAGAACUAAAUGAAAAUACGAACAACAUUGAAAGUCUGGCAGGACUGGGCUUUGGCGAGAGAAUAUGAAUAUAAUCAUGCGAUGUCGCUCGUCCAAUUAGGGAUUAAUUUAAUAGUACUACAGUAGUGAUGUUUGGAAAUUUGCCAAAUUGGACUCGCCCCGGCGGCCAGUCCAAUUUUGGCGAAAUUUCCAAACAUCACUACUGUAGUACUAUUAAAUUAAUACCUAAUUAUACUCGGCAUCGCAUGAUUACCUAUACUUAUUUAGGGGGGCUAAUUUCCAUAAAGUGUUCAAUGUUCAAAAUGUUUUACGGAUAUGUUGGUGACUGACCCACUCUCCUUGACAAGUACAAUAACCAGUAUGGCAUAUUAUUGUACAGGGUAUGAAAUUAAAAGUUUAGUAUCCCCACUGUGAGUCCAGUAUCCCCUUGUAUUCAAGAGCUAUCAGGUAAUCAAAGGUGUUCAACUUUUUCUUAAGUACCGUAAUGUUUUAAAUUUUCUUAGUAUCAGUUUUGGUAUCCUGCAGAUAUCGGGAUACCUGUACUGCAAAUUUUAGACCCUGUUUUGUGAACACAAAGUAAUUCCUAUUGUAUAAUAAGUACAUGACAUGAUCUUGCUUACCUCAGGGCUAUCCUGUUAACUUAACAGCCCAGCUUCCAUAUUUACAGAGCAAAGACUUGUUAUUCUCUAGGCUUUCAUAUACUAACCAAAUGAGUGGCAGCACUCCCCUUGCGAGUGAAAUAGUCUGACAUUAAACAGAGUGAAAUAACAAAGUAGGGCGCAUCUGGGCGCAUUGCCACUUAAGGAGGCUCCCUACAGUUUCCAAUGUAUGUCAGUGUUUUACACUAAAACCUAUUUAAUUAAUUUGAAUCUAAAAAACCUAAUUUUUUGCACAAGCCAUUGUUUCCUCUUAUAUAAAAGAGUAAUUUUAACCCACAAUCGCUACUCUUCACAUUACCAUGACAACAUGACGUCACCAUCUAUAUGGCCUAUAUCAACCAAAAAAACCGCCUUAGCGGACAAAUAAGCAUGGUGACCUACCUUUUUUAUUGCAGAAAAUACAUUUUCAAAUAACUUUCAAACAGGAUUCAAAACUUCAUAACAAUGUAUUUUCUGCAAUAAAAAAUUAAGGGAGGUCAUCGUGCUUAUUUGUCCGCUAAGACGGCUUUUUUGGUUGAAAAAGGCCAUAUAGAUGGUGACGUCAUGUUGUCAUGGUAACGUGAAGAGUAGCGAUUGUGGAUUAAAAUUACUCUUUUACAUAAGAGGAAACAAUGGCUUGUGCAAAAAAAUAGUUUUUUAGAUUCAAAUUAAUCAAAUAGAUUUUAGUUUAAAACACUGACAUAUAUUGGAAACUGUAGGGAGCCUCCUUAACAAGCUAAAUGAAUUAACAAGGUACAUGGGCAGAUUGUCUGAUUAACCCAUUGAGUGGCAGCACUGUCCCCUGACAAGUAAAAUGGUUUGGCAUUAGACAGAGUAAAAUAACAAAGUAGGGUGCAUCUGUACACUGGUUGCAUCAUACACUAACAUGUUGUACAGUACUUGUUAUUUCACUUCUCAAGGGGAUAUACAGAUAUUGCACAGUACACUCCCUAUCAGGGUUUUUCAGUGACUGGUUACAUUGUGAAUAGAUACAAAUGAUGUAGAUAGACAGAACCGGAACUGACAUGAAGCAGACUGAGGUAGACUGUGAGCAUACAAAUGGCGCUUUUACCAGCUGCUAUUAGUCCGUACCUCAUUGACGAUCUGCCCCCUAACCUAUGAAAUAAAUGUCCAGCCCUUUGGGCAGCUUAUACAAACAAAACCUAAUCCCUUUUCUUACAAAGGCCAGUUCAUCUCCAUGAAUAUUCAAAUGCCAUUUCCGAAAGUAUUUAAGUUGUCUGAUGCUUGUGUGUAUCAAGCCUGAAUAUAAUUUUCAUGGAUGCCUGUUGUGCACCAAUUGGGUUGUGCCUGACAAUUCUCACAUAGUGGCUGAGAUCACAAACAGGCCUUAAAAUAUCGGUCGGUCACGGACAUUGUCCGACCCAUUUGUGAAAUUGCCCUACGUACAGAGGAAACCACCGGACAUUCUGUCCGACCUAAGUGAAACUGAGGUUUAUUGUUUGUCCGACCCGAGUGUAUUGGUGUCCGACCGAACUGUUGUUUUGUCAAUCAAAAUGUUGCUGGCGGCAAGCGAAAUGGUGAAGUGAAAAACGAACUUGAGUGUCGACAUCUUGCUGUUGUUAUUGGGAUGCAAGUUAAUUUAGAUAUUUAAUAUCUUCGCAACGUUUACCGUUCAGAAUUAAUACACUGUGCUGAUAUUCGUUUGUGUCAUUCAGAUUUAUUUUCGAGCCAAACUGAACUGAAGCUCAUCGGACAUCAUCAUACAUAUGUCUGACCCAAACUCAAAGUCAUCGGGCACUUUGUCAGACGGCCCUGUAAAAGAUAUUUUAAGGCCUGCACAAAUAUUGGAAUAUUAUAGUAUUAAUUAAUAUUGAAAAUGCAAACAUAUACUUAAAUGUGACCUGGCAGCAAGUGCAAAGAAGAGACUGGUGCAAAUUGUGUUGUGACAGGCCAUUUUCACUGUUUUCACUCAAAUCAGUGUAGCAUACAUACUGUUCAGUGAGAAAAGCAUUUAGCCGGACAUUUGCUCUUUAUGUCUCGGACAGUGUCUGUGUUCGGCCUCUUAUUUUCAGGCUUUGUGUACAUUUUUGUUAACCCUUUAAGCAGCAAUGUGCCCUGUUGCACCCUACUAUAUUGUUUUAAUCUGUAUAACACCAGGCGAUUUUACUUGUCAAGGGGAGAGUGUUGCCACUCAAUGGGUUACGUGGCAAUUUCAAAUACAAUGUAAACAAUAUUGUUGGUCUGUGGGAGUGCUCUUGAUGAUGAGUAAAAUGGUCUGGCAUUAGCCAAAGUAUAAUUAUAAUAAAUUUGCUCGGUGCAAUUCAACUUGAUGGGUUAACUAGACACAUGGGCAGAUUUAACCCAUUGAGUGCCAAUUGUCUGGUGUUAGACAGAGUAAAAUAAUAAAGUAGGGUGCAUUAAGCUGCAAUACACGCUUCCAGAAAGUACAUCACCUUGGCUAUAGAGCCUCGUUUUCGUGAUUAAGACGUGGCCUUUAACUGAUGUCAGAUACAUGAAAACGAGGCUCUAUAGCCAAAGUGACGUAUUUCCGAAAGGGUGUUUUAAACUUAACCGGUUAAUUUAAUGGCAUGUUGGAGUGACUAUUUUGCAUAGGAUUGCAUCCAUAUACCAUACUUUGUUAUUAUUUUACUCCGUGACAAUUUUAAUUGUCAAUAGAAAAGUGCCAGCUAUCUGCCCAAUUGUGUCCUGUUUACCCUUUAAACGACAUUGACAUUCGCCCUACUUUGUUAUUCUACUCUGCCUAAAACAAAGGUCGAAUCGAGGUUCGAGGAACUUCAUUAAUAAAAAAUGCUGGUCCCGAGAAGAUUUAACCAUAUAUAUAUAUAUAUAUAUAUAUAUAUAUAUAUAUAUUUAACCAUCUAAAAAUAUUUAGCGCUGACGUUGCUUUGCAAAGGAAAAUACUGUUAUCAUUUUUGCUAAAUGAAUGUACUGUACACAUUGCUUAUAGCACACUGUUAACUUGAACUGUGAUCUAUUUUGUACAUAGCUGUUGGACAAUUUUACUUCUCAAGAAAAAACCCCACUCGGUGUCAAGCCACUGUGCAUGCAAAGCCCAUUAUAUAAUAACUACAGUGAAACACGCAAUUUGAUUGGUCAACAGCCGUGCAGUAUCAGACAAUCCUGCACGGGAAAUUCUGAACAGAAAUUCUUGCACAUAAUUUUACAAAUAUACUCGCAUUGUAAAGUUUCAUUGCACGAUACCUUUCGACUUUGAAGUAAGUUUGCAAUUAUUGAGACGUUGGUUUAGUUGUAUGAAUAAAUUUCUGAUCGAUACAACGCGUAGCGUUGAAAUUCAUCAGACCAUGGCAUGCAGGUACAACAUCUCUCGCUUCAAAGUUGAUCAAACGCUUCGCAAUCUUCACGUAUUCAGGUCGAGAAUCGUCAAAACUACUUUGGCUCUCUGUUUAGCGGGUUUUCCAUUUCAAAUUUCGUAUAUUUUAUCGAAAAAGUCCCUGUAUUUUCGCUGUAUAUUUUUGCGAAUAUAAUUUGCGAUCAAAUUCUGUUCACAUUUGUUGUUGUUUUCAAUAGCGUGGAGUAGCGAUUCUCCGAUUGGUUAAUUCACGAUUGUUGUGAGAACUGCACAUUUCAUCAGUAAUUUUAAUCAAGUUAACCGUCGUUUCACUGUAGUAAUUUUAUAAAACAAUUACCAAAUGGUUUUCCCGUGCAGGAUAGCAUGAUCCAUGCACUUGGGAUGUUGCUCGACUUUCGGAAAGCGUAAAAGUACACUCGCCUACGGCUCGUGUAUUUUUACGCUUUCCGAAAGUCUCCCAACAUCCCGCGUGCAUGGAUCACGCAAUCCUGCACGGAAAACCAUUCGGUAUUCCUUUAAUAAUAUAUUUUGGUCAAAUACCAAGGCAAGUCGUUUUACUAUCAGGAGGAAAAUUAUGCUCCUUAACCUAUUGUAUUGCUUUGCGGCCCAAUGCCGUCUACAGUGCUUUAUUAUUUUUAUAUAUUACAUCAGAUGAUCGUUCUCGUCUAUGAGAGAGUACUGGUGCUCAAUGGGCUAAGCCCAAGAUUAAGAAUAUCCCCGUAAAUCAGGGCUCGAAAUAGCGGACUGCCAAUGGCAAAAAGCAGGUGAUAUUUUAGAAAUGGCAGGCAAAAACAAAUUUUAACUGCCAAAGUAAAAAAAAAAUGGCAGGUGAAAUUCUAUAGAUAUAAUUCAUUAAAGCAAUACCGAAUGAUUUUCCGUGCAGGAUUGCGUGAUCCAUGCACGCGGCAUGUGGCAAGACUUUCGGAAAGUGUAAAUACACGAGCCGUAGGCGAGUGUAUUUUUACGCUUUCCGAAAGUCGAGCAACAUCCCAAGUGCAUGGAUCAUGCUAUCCUGCACGGGAAAACCAUUUGGUAAUUGUUUUAUAAAAUAGACACUUCCCGAAUUUGCUUGAGUGCACACGAAACAAUAGCUUGGAAUCGAGGCGGACAAUGUAAUCAUUGUAAAUAAGUAGUUAUUUACAAUGAUUACAUUGUCCGCCUCGAUUCCAAGCUAUUGUUUCGUGUGCACUCAAGCAAAUUCGUGAAGUGUCUAUUACUACAGUGAAACGACGGUUAACUUGAUUAAAAUUACUGAUGAAAUGUGCAGUUCUCACAACAAUCGUGAAUUAACCAAUCGGAGAAUCGCUACUCCACGCUAUUGAAAACAACAACAAAUGUGAACAGAAUUUGAUCGCAAAUUAUAUUCGCAAAAAUAUACAGCGAAAAUACCGGGACUUUUUCGAUAAAAUAUACGAAAUUUGAAAUGGAAAACCCGCUAAUCAGAGAGCCAAAGUAGUUUUCAAGAUUCUCGACCUGAAUACGUGAAGAUUGCGAAGCGUUUGAUAAACUUUGAAGCGAGAAAUGUUGUACUUGCACGCCAUAGUCUGAUGAAUUUCAACGCUACGCGUUGUAUCGAUCAGAAAUUUAUUCAUACAACUAAACCAACGUCUCAAUAAUUGCAAACUUACUUCAAAGUCGAAAGGUAUCGUGCAAUGAAACUUUACAAUGCGAGUAUAUUUGUAAAAUUAUGUGCAAGAAUUUCUGUUCAGAAUUUCCCGUGCAGGAUUGUCUGAUCCUGCACGGCUGUUGACCAAUCAAAUUGCGUGUUUCACUGUAGUUAAUAUAUAAUUCAUUUUCUUUCCACGACUCGUAUAGACUAGAUCAUUUAGUUGACUAAAUACACAAAUCCAAAGAAAACAAUAAAAAUGCAUAUUAUGAAAACAUUGAAUCUCAUUGAUUUUUACAAUGUGACUCAUAUGAGACAUUAGCCUGCUCACAGACGUUGUUAUUCUUACGUCAAGCGACGAAUUACUACCGUCUGCUUACCCGAGCGCCAAACUGAAUUCCGCUACGUCGACCAAUCAGAAUUUACCUUCCAAAUUCUGGAAAGUGACGUCAGUUGAUUUAGGAGCGGAAUAAAUAUAAAUAUAUAUAAAUAUAUAUUUUGAAAGCAGUCGUCGGUUGAAUUUUGCUCAAAAUUGCACAUAAAUUGAAUUUAAAGAUACUGAUACUUGUCCAGGUAAUAAAAUGCACCAUUAAUGAUUAUAUUUGGAUAUUAAAGAUGUUCGGUUAUAUUUAAACGCGGACAGGAUUGGCAUAUUUAAUAUACUGUAUGAAGCCAGACAGGCGAGACAGCAUCAAAUGCCGAAUAUAUUUCGCUGAAAUUUGAACUUUUGACGGAUGUUUAUCUUUAUAAGACAACAGAACUCGGAAGACAGAAAAUUUGAUAUAAUACUGUGGCUUAGAAAGCGAAAUAUUAGCUUCAAAGUAAACUAAUUUGCUGUUUGGGCAACCUCUUCUGAAUGUAAACUGUAAAGUUAACACAACACAAACCCGAGAAACUUGUAUUGAAAUUGCGUCGUGAUGAGUUUUCCAAUUCGCCCAAACUUUGAAACGUUUAUACUCUAACUUGGCUAUACUUUUGUACAUGACAAUGAGAACUUAAUCUUUUAUAAGUUUAAUAAUAACUAGGUGUAUUAGUUAUGUAACGUUGUCAAGUUGGUAACAACGAUGUAAACAACUUCGAUAACAUGGGGGAAGAUAAUAUGCACAGGUUUACACAAUAUGAUUUUUUCUCUGUUGUUGUUGUGUACUCCGGUGAAUAAGAUGCUUGUGAUGUUACUCUGAGUGUAUAUCCACACCGGACGAGUUUGAAAAAUAUACCCGGCCACGGUGGGAAUCGAACCUACGACCUUUGGAAUACUAGCUCAGUUGGAAUACUAGCUCAGUUGGCAGAGAAUUGGGCUAGUAUUCCAAAGGUCGUAGGUUCGAUUCCCACUGUGGCCGGGCAUAUUUUUCAAGCUCGUCCGGUGUGGAUAUACACUCAGAGUAACAUCACAAACAUCAUAUUCACCUGAGUACACAACACCAACACAGAAAAAAAUCAUAUUACUAGAUUACACUGGUAUCGAAGGAACUAGAUUCUGUUCCGAAAUAUCACUUACUCGAACCGUCCUGACCGCGUGGUAGCUCAGUUGGCAGAUCAUUGGGCUAGUAUUCCAAAGGUCGUAGGUUCGAUUCCCACCGUGGCCGGGCAUAUUUUUCAAGCUCGUCCGGUGUGGAUAUAAACUCAGAGUAACAUCACAAACAUUUUACAAAAUAUGUUUCCAUUCUUAUCUGUGUAGAUGAGAGACGACCUGUCAUGGAUGGCAGUGCAUUGGUGAGUCGCCAAAUUUACCAUGCUGUUGGCAGUGACAAGAAAAGAUGUUUGCCAAAAACCCAUGUAAUGGAAACUACCCCUUCAUCAUCAUCGGGUGCCAUUUCCUUAAUGACACUCAUAUUCCAAGACAAAGAUAGCAAACGUCUCGCUAAAUGCCUGAGGGAUUCUGUGGACGUUUUUGUCGUGUUUUUGAGACGUCACAAGUCUUGCCCAUUCAAGGUGCUUUUGGAUAAGUACUGCCCUGUUGAUGGCAAGUAUGAAGAUACUGGCAGUGUUAAAAACGUUCCAUACUUUCAG